AUGAAUGGAGGCAGAUUUGACUUUGACGACGGCGGAACCUACGUAGGCGGAUGGGAAGAAGGCAAGGCGCACGGUCACGGCGUGUGCACUGGUCCACAGGCGAAAGGAGAGUACGCUGGGGCGUGGCAUUACGGUUUCGAGGUGUCCGGUGUGUACACGUGGCCGUCCGGUAACACGUAUCAAGGACAGUGGCAGAAUGGGAAACGGCAUGGUCUGGGAGUGGAGCAGCGGGGAAGGUGGUUGUAUAAAGGCGAAUGGACACAAGGCUACAAAGGACGGUACGGUGUGAGGCAGUCGGCGAAUUCACAGGCCAGGUAUCAGGGCACCUGGUCUGCCGGAUUUCAUGACGGUUAUGGUACAGAGAUUUAUGUGGAUUCAGGAAGCUACCAAGGACAAUGGCUACGUGGAAUGCGACACGGGUACGGUAUCCGGAAGAGUACGACGUACGCCAAUGCGGCAAAAUUCCGAUCAAAAUCCCAAACGCACGCAUCGUUGACAAGUUUGAGGAGUGGACGGGUUGAAGAGGAGAACGCUGAGGAGCAUAGGCAUAAAGAAGGGCUCUCCGGACGUGGAGGAUUCGUGCUCCGUGCCAACUCAGCAGCUCCACAACGCCGGCGUCGAUCCCUAUCGGAGAGGAGUCUAGCAGUGAAGCGAACUCUACUAUCCGGUCUCCGAAUCAAGAAACAACACUCAACUGGAGACAUUCAUCAACGAGUUGCCUCAAUGACUGGAAGCCUUCGAUCGAGUGGAUCAACAAUGAGUUGCACUUCUGAAGACUCUUUACACCAUCACGGUGGAUUACAUCAGCCGGAAGAGGAGGCCGUCGAGGAGAGCUCGAUUGAAACAUACUGUGGCGAGUGGAAGAACGACAUGCGUAGUGGUUUUGGAGUGUGCGAGAGGAGUGAUGGACUCAAAUACCACGGCGAAUGGGCGAACAACGCGAAAUGCGGAUUCGGUGUGACAACGUUCAAAGACGGAACGAAAGAAGAGGGACGAUACAAGAACAACAUACUGAUUGCAUCGUCGCGACGGAAAGGUGUCAUCUUUAUGAGAGCCUCGAAAUUUCGAGAAAAGUUGGAACAAGCGAUGGGAGCGGCGGUCCGUGCCGCGUCGAUCGCCCAGCAGAAGGCGGACAUCGCAGCGAGCAGAACGUCGACGGCGAGGGAGCGAAGUGAACAGGCGGCGUUUGUUGCGAGACAGGCGACGGAGGAUUCAGAAGGCGCACGUCUGAUUGCGAAGCAGUUUGAUCCGAGUUUCAAACAACCUGGAACACGGCGUCUGCUGAAAGAUAAUAAUGGAGGAGAGUCGUUUGGAACGGAUCUGUCCGAUGCGAUAUCUUAUUCGAGACAUCUAUCACAGACGCAUAGCAAACAACACUCGUUUGAACAGACCCUCUCCGUAGACAUGGCGGACGACAUGACACCACCAUCCCGUAACUACACCAAUCAUGUUUCCUCCUCCUCCAACGCCAACACGAACCACGUGAACUUCAUGCCCCAAUACGGCUAUCAACAGGACCCUCAACUCCAAACGCCAAUAAUCUCCCAAGAUCUCCUACCACAACAACACAUUCCAAACAUCGACCCGUCGAUUCCGUCGGUAUCCGUUCAACAAGAAGAGGAAAAGCCGCUGAUUCUUCAGCCACAAUCCCAACUCAACCAACCGGGACCCUCGAAUCUAAACACCCAGGCACCGCCGAAUGUGAUGUCGUCGAGAUUCUCGUUGAGUGACGACCAUUACGAUCAAUAUGUGAUGGCGGGUGGAAGUCAGCAACAACAGCAGCAGCAGUCGAAACUACGUCGCAAUCGUCCAUCGCUCAUGAGACAGGCGGAUGUCAACGAGUCUUGUGCUGGCGCAUCGAGCGGGCUCAAUCGAAGGUCGACUCUUGCCUCGGCACGAGAUCGGAAUGGUGAUGUGAACCAUCCGGGGGCCAUCGGUAAAGAUCAAGCAGCACGACUGACAAGUGGCACUGACGGAGAUAAUAUGGGAAGUCUGCCCAAUUUGGCAGAGUUGGAGACUCAAGGGGUGAGAAUGCGAAGGGAAGAAGCCGCACGACUCGCUGGACAACGUCGACAAGAGGUGCUCCGUGAGCAUGAAGAGCAGGCGUUGCUCAGGGCGAAUCCACUCCGACACUUGUUGCAACCGGCUUUUAGAGCAUGGCUGGUCCGAUGGCGUAUCCCAAUUCUUCUGGCAAUCGCGAACAUCUCACUUCUAAUGCUCUUUUAUCAUUUGCUCACUUACGAGAAGAAGAAGAAAUCUUCCUAA